UUCCCUUGCUCAGUCAAUUGCCAGAAUUCUCUCCAAAGAAUGUCUGUGCGCAGAGACCACAUCAGCAUUGCGCAAUUGCGCCCACGCGCAGCUUGGAGGCAACAGUGCUUGGGAGGCUGCCGGGGUCCACUGAAAGGGGGAGCUGUUGGAUGUGAGCCUGGUGAGAGGGAUGGCGACCUUGCUGUAGUCGCGGAUGUAAUCCUCCAUAGCCUUCUUCUCGGGACGCGAGAGAUUGUAGAGGCGGUUGGUGGGAAGUGGAGCUCCCGGCAAGAGAAAAUUGCACAAGCCGAAAGGGACUCAAUGCAUCAUGCUUCGUGCAUGAAUUCACUGGCAUCUUCCAGGGCCAAACAGCACGUUUUAAGAUGACGUCUGUUUGUGGACAUGUGAUGAGUCUGGAUUUUAUUGCUAAGUACAACAACUGGGAUAAGGUGGACCCUGCAGAACUUUUCAGCAAAGCGCCAACAGAAAAAAAGGAGGUCAACCCCAAACUCAACAUGGUGAAAUUCCUCCAAGUUGAAGCCAGAGGUUGUGACUACUUGGUUUUAUGGUUGGACUGUGAUAAAGAAGGGGAGAACAUCUGUUUUGAGGUUUUAGAGGCUGUACAACCAGUGAUGAAGGGGGUCGUUCGGGAGCAGACAGUUUACCGUGCCAAAUUCAGCUCCAUUACUGACACUGAUAUCUGGAAGGCUAUGAAUCACCUUGGAGAGCCCAACCACAAUGAAGCCCUUGCAGUGGAUGCACGGCAGGAACUGGAUUUACGCAUUGGUUGUGCCUUCACUCGGUUCCAAACCAAAUAUUUCCAAGGGAAGUAUGGAAAUCUGGAUUCUUCUUUAAUAUCAUUUGGACCUUGCCAGACCCCAACUCUCGGCUUCUGUGUGGAACGUCAUGACAAAAUCCAGUCCUUUAAACCAGAGAACUACUGGGUUAUAAAUGCAAAGGUCUUCAAAGGGAAGGACAACCCAUUGAUCCUUGAUUGGAAUCGGGUUAAGGUCUUCGACAAGGAGGUGGGCCAAAUGUUUGUCAACCUGGUCAAGACAUCCAAGGAAGCCCAGGUGGAGUCAGUGAUUAAGAAGGAGAAGACUAAGCCAAGACCCUUGGCUCUAAACACCGUCGAGAUGUUGAGAGUGGCAAGCUCUUCCCUAGGUAUGGCUCCACAGUAUACUAUGCAGAUUGCUGAGCGUUUGUACACACAGGGCUACAUCAGCUAUCCUCGGACGGAAACGACGCACUAUCCAGAAAAUUUUGACCUGAAAGGAACACUGAAGCAGCAGAUCAACUCUCGUUUUUGGGGGGAGGAGGUGAAAAAUCUACUAUCAAACGGAAUAAACCAUCCUAAGAAAGGUGUUGAUGUUGGAGAUCAUCCACCCAUAACUCCCAUGCAUACUGCCUCAGAAGUAGAAUUAGGAAGUGAUGGAUGGCGCCUUUAUGAGUACAUCACAAGACAUUUCAUUGCCACUGUCAGUCAGGACUGCAAAUAUCUGCAGACAACAAUUGCCUUCAACAUUGGCACUGAAGCGUUCACAUGUAGUGGAAAAACCCUAAUCUCACCAGGGUACACUGCUUUGAUGCCAUGGCAGGGAAUCUCUCUUGAAGAAGACCUACCUGUCUGUGAAAGUGGAGACAUUUUCACAGUAGAUGAGAUCAAGCUUGUGGAAAAGCAGACUACUCCCCCAGACUACUUGACUGAGGCUGAACUCAUCACUCUUAUGGAGAAACACGGCAUCGGUACUGAUGCCAGUAUCCCUGUCCACAUAAACAACAUCUGUCAAAGGAACUAUGUAACAGUAGAGAAUGGACGCAAGUUGAAGCCUACGAACCUGGGAAUUGUCCUAGUACAUGGCUACUACAAGAUAGAUGCAGAGCUUGUACUCCCCACCAUUCGCAGUGCUGUUGAAAAGCAACUCAAUCUAAUUGCACUUGGUAAGGCCCACUUCCAGGAAGUACUCCAGCAUGCAUUGGAUAUCUUCAAGAGGAAGUUUCACUAUUUUGUGGACUCCAUCUGUGGUAUGGAUGAAUUGAUGGAAGUCUCUUUUUCACCAAUUGCUGAUGCAGGCAAGCCCAUGUCUCGCUGUGGCAAGUGCCGUCGGUUCAUGAAAUUCAUCCAGGCUAAACCCAGUCGACUCCACUGCUCCCACUGUGAUGAGACAUAUAGUCUACCCCAGAAUGGAGCCAUCAAGCUGUACAAGGAGCUUCGCUGUCCACUGGAUGACUUUGAGCUAGUGCUGUGGACCUCUGGCACCCGAGGCAAAAGUUACCCCCUGUGCCCGUACUGCUUUAGCAAUCCACCUUUCCGAGACAUGAAAAAAAAUGUGGGAUGCAAUGAAUGUACCCAUCCUUCCUGUCAGCACUCCCUCAACUCUUUGGGUAUUGGUCAGUGUGUGGAGUGUGACAGUGGAGUUUUGGUGCUGGAUCCAACCUCUGGGCCAAAAUGGAAGAUGUCAUGUAAUAGAUGCAACGUAGUAGUUCAUUUCUUUGAACAUGCACAUCGAGUACAGGUUGCUCAGGAGAAUUGCAAUGCAUGUGAUGCCUUGCUGGUCACAGUAGACUUCAAUAAAGCUCGCACCCCACUACCUGCCAGUGAGACCCAACACACCGGCUGUGUUUUCUGUGAUUCAGUCUUCCAGGACCUUGUGGCACUUAAACAUGCUACAAUGAGGCACCCCAUGCAUCGAGGUGGAGGUGCAAGACGAGGACAUGGGCGAGGCAGAGGACGCCGUGGCCCUCCAAAAAAGCCUAAAGACAAAAUGGCUGAAUUAGCAGCGUAUUUUGUGUAGUACUUUAAUGUGCAUAUUCUCACAUAGUCUUGAUCAAUCUGAAAGAAAGAAAUCUGACCUAAUGUUCAACUGUGGCAAUCUAGUGUCUGAAUAAGGUGUCCGUAUGAUAUUUCAGGUUUUGUUUUAAAUAAAUUUGCCAUAAUGUUAUAUUCAGGGUUCCUGCGCAAGUGUGGAAAGUAUGGAAAAGUCAAGAAUUUGAUUCCCCCCACACUGUUUAAAAAAACAACCAAAAAAAACAUUAACAUUAACAUGUUGUGA